AUGAAUAUAAUAAACACGACUCCUAAACCCCUCUACGCAGCUAUACCUAAAUCUCCGAGAUUAGCAGGAAUGUCGAAGAAGGGCAAGAAGAGGGAGGAGGAUGAGGCUCUGUCUGAAGGCGAUGAACCACCGAAAAAAUCUUCGAGAACAGAAAACAAUUCUGACGACUCUGAUCAAAUCGUCGUCUGCGAGCUGUCUAAGAACCGUAGAGUCUCGGUCAGGAACUGGCAGGGGAAGAUUGUGGUGGACAUUAGGGAGUUCUAUAUCAAGGAUGGAAAAGAAUUUCCUGGCAAAAAAGGGAUUUCACUGAGCAUGGACCAGUGGAAAAUACUAAAAGAUCACGUGGAUGAAAUCGACCAGGAGGUUGCGGGGAAUAACUAG